AUGGUUUCUACUGAUUCUCAUAUUUAUGAGGAAAUUGAUCAGUAUUUAUCUUCUCUUCCUAAGCAUCACUCUGUAGGAAUUAGGAGGUCUACUCAGGUCCCUGAAGCAUUGAGUAUUGAGGAACAAUGCAGAUGGAUUAAGGAGAGCCAAGGCCGACCCAAGGGCAAGGCGACCUGGGCCACUGCCCAGGGCAUCAACUCGGGCACCUCUUGCUGUUUCAAAGACCAGUACCGGAGGGAAGACCAUGGUUGGAAUCAAUGGUUAGUUUUGAGAAUAGAAACAUUUAGAGAUGAUAUUGAGGUUGUUGCAGUCAACGACCCUUUUAUUGAUUCCAAGUACAUGGCUUACAUGUUGAAGUAUGAUUCUACUCAUGGCUUAUUCAAAGGAACCAUCAAGGGUGGUGCUAAGAAGGUGGUGAUAUCAACUCCAUCAGCUGAUGCACCAAUGUUUUUUGUAGGGGUAAAUGAGACCACAUACAAACCAAACAUGGAUAUUGUAUCCAAUGCCAGCUGUACUACUAACUGCUUAGCCCUUUUAGCCAAGGUGGUUCAUGAGGAGUUUGGUAUCAUUGAAGAUUUGAUGACAACUGUACAUGCAACCACAGCUACACAAAAAACGGUUGAUGGACCUUCAAUGAAGGAAUGGCGUGGAGGACGUGGCGCUGCAGAAAACAUCAUCCCUAGUUCCACUGGUGCUGCCAAGGCUGUGAGAAAGGUGUUGCCAGAGCUAAAUGGAAAGCUUACUAGAAUGCCUUUUAGGAAAGGCACGAGUAAUGUGAUGGAAAAUUUAGUCUUGGGAUUCAAUGAAGGUGUUGAAGUUAGAAUCCCAGGUGAUGAAACCGAUGUGAAUACAAUUGGGACACCAGAAGAAAAACAAGAUGCAGUUGAUUCAGUCAAUUCAGUGAUUAAUGAAUCAGUUGUUCAGCCUCAAAAUGCCACAUCAGAUUCUUCUGCCACUACACAUGCAUUACCUUAUGUACCAAUUCAGAUAGAUUUACCAGUCAAACUCCAGUUUGGGUUGUUUUCUGGGCCUUCUUUAAUAGCAUCUCCUAUUCCAACCAUACAAAUUGGAUCCAUACAAAUACCUCUUCAUCUCCAUCCACCUGUUGGAUUGAGGAUGAGAAUCAGUGGGUGGAUUAUAUGUUUUGUGAACUGUCACUUUGCUGCACAUCUAGAUGUUGUUAACAAUAUAUACAAAACAAUGUCAUUCAGUCGACCAUCAAAUCUUCUGAAUACAUCAACUGGUAUGAUUAUGAUGUCAUACCUUUUCUUAUUUUGCUUGCUUGCCACCCCAUCUUAUUCACUUUGGAUUCUCUCUUCCGACCUGCUUUACUUUUGUAGCUGGAGUCACUUCUAUGGUUCAUAUUUCAAAUGUAGGCUGUGGGUAGCCUGUCUGUGGAUGAGUCGCCAGAUAGCUAUCUGA